UCCAGAAAACUUCGGUAACCUGCAGGAAAGCUCCGAGGUUAGGGAGACCAGCGCAGCCAAAGAAGACAUGAGGAGUCUCCUGGCACCACUAAUUGUGACUCUGGCCCUGGCAGCACUCUGCUGUUGUGAGAAAGAUCCCAAAGACCCCUCAGGAUCUCCCAGCACUGCCAGCAUCAAGAUUGAAAAGGAAGUUGCCAAUGCCUUUGUGAAGAGGCAGAAGAGAUCCAGUCUGUAUGAAUGGUACUCUGAGUAUUACAAAAGUCCAAUGGAGCAGAUGCAUGAGCGUUGUGAAAACUACCCUCCCUGUGACUAUCUCUCUGACCAAAUAGGAUUUUCCAUGGCCUACAAUCGUUUCUUUGGGAGAUACUAAGGAUGGGACAGUCACUUCGUUCAUUUUGCUUGGGACCAUUCUGAAUCCCCCAGGAGAAAGAAGGUUGUGGGUGGGAAGGAGGGAAGAAAAACAUCUAGACCGGGGUCGUCUUCAGAACACCAAGGCAAUAAUUAUCCCACUUGUUGACCUUGCAUUAGCUUUCUUCCUUUCAUCAGAAAUCUGUCUUCAGUUGUUUUUGUGGUAUUUUGAGCUUCACCAGAAAUGACUGAGAAGACUCUGUCUUACCUCCUUCCAUUUGAAUACCCAGGAUACAAUAUGUGAAAAAAUUGUGAUUCCUUUCAAGAAAAUUAAUGCAUAUCUUAGAAACAUAACAAGAUGUUUUGUCAUCUUCUGAAAAACAUAUGAGGAUUAUAGAAGGAGAAUCUCAUGUGUAAGAGUGAUGGAUUUGAUCUGGGGAUACUCACUGGGAAGAAAGUGGAAUGGCUGCUUCCUGGUGCAACGACUAGGAAAGUUCAGUAUUUUCAGGUAGAAGAGUCACCCUAAAUAUGAGCCAACGCAGGAUCAUUUUGCAAGGAUAGAAGUGUGGAAAUACUGUUUCAUAGCCAGAAAUCAGUUUCUGGUACACUUUUCUGAUUAUUUUGUCACAAAAAUUGCCUCUAUAGCAACAACAGAUAAAUCCCCAAAGGUGUGUUUGAGGAUUCUUUUAGAUGAGCCCUUCUAUUUGUAUGCUGCAUUCAAUGACUGUAAAAAGUAACUUGGAAAUCUCUUGUUAUGUUUGUUUCAUUUGGUUUCUGGUGAAACUGAAUAUACCCAAGCAGAACAAAAAAAUAAUCUGUUCCUCUCUGACGCUUUAGUAUUUAUGCUUGAAACUAAAAGUGUCUAAACAGCUUCAAAAAAAGCAAGCAAACAAACAAAAAGUGAUAAACUUUAUGAAAUAAACAAAAAGCAAAUAAUUUCAAGGAUGGAUUGAAGUUGGGUCACUAUUUGGCUUAUUCAAGGCAGCUUGAAUCUCUCUCAUAGAUAAAUAUAAAAAAAGUGUGUGUAUUUAUAUGCAUAUCCUCUUCCCUCUGCACUACUUCAUUCUGUUCCUUUGUAUGAAUAUUAUACCUUAGCAACUUUCUGCAUAGUCUCCCUUGAUGUUAUCUGUCCGUUUUCCUUAGAGGUAGAUGGCAGAUCCUGUCUUGAAGUACAGGGACUUCUGACCCUCAGGAUAUUGAGAAAGACCAAAUCUUGCUGGUUGCGUGUAAGUUGUUGCAGCCAUUUCCAGACGUU